UUGAAACUUUUUUUUUAUUCAGAACAUAUUUUAAUUUUAAAAUGAUUAGCUCUUUGCUAAGUCGUUUAAUUUCUUGAUUAAAGUUUUAGUCCAAAAUUUGAAGGACUAGAAACUAUUGUGAAACUCUUUGGCGUUUAUACAAUCAUCUCGGACUAAAGAAAUUGAUUACAUUUAAAUUUACUUCUACCGAAUGAACUAAGGAGACUCUAGCAAUUGGACUGUUAAAAACUUCAUCUCGGAUUAAAGGAAUUUAUUACUCUUCACCGAUGAACUGUGGAGACUCUAGUUAUUCCAAUUCAGACGAGAACUACACAGUCGCCAUAUUGUCUUGAGCACAAGAAACUAUUCAUUUAAGUAGUCGCAAUCGUUUGGAUAUUAAAAAUAUUCCUGUUCGUUUAAGUCAAAGGAACAGGCAGGUAAACCAUUCAAACAGCUAACCUUCAACGUUGCGGCCACAUCAACAAGCAAGGAAGAAACGCUGAUUAACCGCAGGAUACGGAUUAAAAAAAUAACGUUGAGCAAGUAAAAAUAAACUGAUGUCCAGCCAACGCAGUAAACGUGAUGAAUAUGCAAUGCAAGACCAUCGCCAACGUGACCGAUAUCGCCGUAGUCGCAGUCGCAGCCACUCAUUAGAACGUCGCCGUCAUCGUCGUUCUCGCAGCCGUAGCCGUAGUCGUAGCAAGGAUCGCUAUGAUCGACGUGACAAACAUUAUACAUCACGUCGCUAUAGAGAUGAUUCAAAAUCACGUUCGAAACGUCAUGAACGCAGCCGUACACCACAACGCUCGAAUAAAUAUAGUCAUCGUUCACGGUCACGCUCACGUUCGCGUUCACCCAGUGCAGAACGUUCUGAUAAAGAGCAGCACAACAAAUAUAUGCAAGAACAAACAGCGUCUGACAAUAGCAAGGAUUCAGUCAAUACAACUUCAUCAUCCAAACAAGAUUAUGACAGCUAUUUAGAAAAUCUACCACUACCGAAACGUACUCGUGAAGGUGCCUACUAUAAUUUAAGCACAGAUGAACCAAUAGAUAAAGAACGUAUACAUCGUGAGAUGGAAGAAAAACUGCGUGAAACUCUAGCUAGAGAAGGUAAAGUUUAUCCACCUCCAAAGCCCGAAGCCUCACAUCCAGUGUUUGCUAACGAUGGCUCAUUUUUGGAAGUAUUUAAAAAAAUGCAAGCAGCGCAACAAUUUCCUUCUUCAAGUGUACCAACUGCUGCACCUAUGUUACCUGUCGUUACAGCUAGCACUUCAACAGCACAUUAUGCGGCGGCUACGGCUGUGGGUAAAUCAGCUCCACCACCGCCUGUUGUGGGUCGUCGUCGUGGUGGUAAAAUUCUCAAAACCGGCGUUGUAGCAAAACCUAAAGCGAAUGCCGAAACAUCAUCAGAUCCGAAAGACUUCUGGGCUUUAUAUUUGGCCGAAGUUAACAAGUAUAAAAAUAAUGCAUGCGAAUCUGAAAGUGGCAACCGGCCUCUUGUAAAAAAAUAUUUCUAAUAUGUCUAAAAAAGGAAAAGGGGAAGAUAUGAAGUUGGAAACAGCACCAUUUGAUCCACGAUUCCCC